AUGCUGGUACAAGCCAGGGAAAAAGAAGGUGAGGAACGGCAUUCUCAAGUUAGAGGAUACACGCAAGGACCCAAAGCCGUUACGCAGCAUCAUGGGCAGCUAGUCUGCUUCGGCCUUCCUCGUCCGCAGGACCAGGAUCAAAAGUUGGGAGGAUCAGACUCCUCACUGCACUUUGGUGGAUGUGUGCAUGAGUUAGUACAGGCCCUUUCGAUUCAUCUGACCGAUGCAAGCGUGUUUACCCGUGACAACGAGGAAAGCUUCAUGCAAAUCCAAGAGGUUGUGGUCAGCGCCGAUCCGGUCGAGAGGCAGCAGAAGUUUCAGGCUGAUCAGAGAUUUCACCACUUCCUUUGCAAAGCCUUUGGCAAAGCCUUUGCAUGCUUCAGAGAUGAGACCGGCACAUCAGGAGAUCGACGCUGA